AUGAUUUCUUUCGGUCCAUGGAUACAGACGGUGAUGGCGCAGAAUCAGCUACGCGACGGUGGCCUAGAUUUGCAGGAAGUACUUACGUUCUACUAUAUCAUCAAAACAAGGUACAUCACCUGGUUUGAUGGAGGAGCAGCUAAUUAUUAUUAUUAUCAUCAUCAGUAUCCAACGUAUGACCUGUGUGCUGCUUGCUAUGGUAAUGCCAACUACAUUCACCAGCACUCAUACUUCUUGGAUAACCACGUUUUGCUAUGCUCCAAAAGAGGCCCUCCUCAUGCUCCGCCAAAUCUUGCCAUGGCAGUCGCUCAACAGAAUCCUCUAGUGAUUACUAAUAAUUACUACGUCAAUCAAGCUGCGCCUCAAAUUCAAAGGAAUAGAUGGUACCAAGCAUUUCAAUCAUUAGAGAUGGCUCUUUCUAUUUCAGCUUUGGCUACCAACUGCACAAUUAUGUGA